AGAGUCUCCUCCAGUCACUGCAGCUAGACCUGCCCGAGCAGCUCCAGGCGCGCGGAGGGGUCUCGGCAGGUUUCCGCUCUCUCGCCAUGGCGCCUCCGUCUGUCUUUGCUGAAGUUCCGCAGGCCCAGCCGGUCCUUGUCUUUAAGCUCACUGCCGACUUCCGGGAGGACCCAGACCCCCGCAAGGUCAACCUGGGAGUCGGAGCAUAUCGCACAGAUGACAGCCAGCCCUGGGUCUUGCCAGUGGUGAGGAAGGUGGAGCAGAAGCUCGCUAACGACAGCAGCCUGAACCACGAGUAUCUGCCCAUCCUGGGCCUGGCGGAGUUCCGGUCCUGUGCUUCUCGCCUUGCCCUGGGGGAUGACAGCCCAGCGCUCAAGGAGAAGCGGGUAGGAGGUGUGCAGUCUUUGGGGGGAACAGGUGCACUUCGAAUUGGAGCGGAGUUCCUGGCGCGAUGGUACAAUGGAACAAACAACAAGGACACGCCUGUCUACGUGUCCUCACCGACCUGGGAGAAUCACAAUGGCGUAUUUUCUGCGGCUGGUUUUAAAGACAUUCGGUCCUAUCACUACUGGGAUGCUGAGAAGAGGGGACUUGACCUCCAGGGUUUCCUGAAUGAUCUGGAGAGUGCGCCCGAGUUCUCCAUCUUUGUCCUCCAUGCCUGCGCGCACAACCCAACGGGAACCGACCCAACCCCGGAGCAGUGGAAGCAGAUCGCUUCUGUCAUGAAGCGCCGGUUUCUGUUCCCCUUCUUUGACUCAGCUUAUCAAGGCUUUGCAUCUGGAGACCUAGAGAAAGACGCCUGGGCCAUUCGCUAUUUUGUGUCCGAAGGCUUCGAGCUCUUCUGUGCUCAGUCCUUCUCUAAGAACUUCGGGCUCUACAAUGAGCGAGUGGGGAAUCUGACCGUGGUCGGAAAAGAAGCUGAUAGCAUCCUGCGGGUCCUUUCCCAGAUGGAGAAGAUCGUGCGCAUUACUUGGUCCAACCCGCCUGCCCAGGGAGCUCGGAUCGUGGCCUGUACCCUCUCGAAUCCUGAGCUCUUUAAGGAAUGGACAGGGAACGUGAAGACAAUGGCUGACCGGAUUCUGACCAUGAGAUCAGAACUCAGGGCACGAUUAGAAGCCCUCAAGACCCCCGGGACCUGGACUCACAUCACUGAUCAGAUUGGCAUGUUCAGCUUCACCGGGUUGAACCCCAAGCAGGUUGAAUAUCUGAUCAACGAGAAGCACAUCUAUCUGUUGCCAAGUGGUCGGAUCAACAUGUGUGGCUUAACCACCAAAAAUAUCGAUUAUGUGGCCACCUCCAUCCAUGAAGCAGUCACCAAAGUCCAGUGAGGAAACACCGUCCAGUGCAGCUCCACCAAAGCAGCUCUCCGUCCCGCGUGUUCCCCGCCCGCACAAACCUAGAUGAACGAAUCAUGGAUUAGAGACCUCACUGCAAGAUGCAUGGGCUGCUCUGGUCGCGGGGGCCUGUGUGAAAGCAGGCCCCACGGGAAGAGAUCAUCCCUUGAAAAGAAUAGGGGGCUUGGGAUUAGAGCCUUUUGGAGGCCAGAGCAAAUUAGGAUUUUUAUUUACGAGUAAAAAAGUAUUGUGAUCAUGAGACAGAGCUAUCUUGUCCCCUCGCUAGACGCAGGAGUGUCGUGUUGCUCGUGUAUUUCUGUGUGUCUCUCCACUCUGCACAUGGUCCCAAAGAUCACGUCUGAAGGAGCCAGGUGUGAUUAUGGGCACCAACCGUGGCAUUAAAACUCACCUCUACCCAGAGUGUUUCGUGUCCGCGCUCUUCCUGCAUGGCUGUGUCCCUAGUCCUAUGCUUCAGGUCUUUAGGGCAGCCGUGGUAAUAAAUCUAUUAAAUGAUCUCUCUCUCUCUCCCUCACACACACACACACACACACACACACACAGAUACACAUUCUGAAAUGAAAGUCUCACAGAACACUAUUUGCCCUUGUUACGUGAAGUGCAUUCUGGUAUUUUUUAGUCCAUUCUAGUGUGUUGUGUUCUACUUCACUAAGAAAAAUAAAACAAAAAUGUUGACUGAG